AUGCCCUCAGCUAUCAUACUGAUCGCAGAUGGAACUGAGGAGAUGGAAUUCACGAUCCCGUACGAUACGCUCGUCCGCGCUGGUGUAUCGUGUACCUCUGCAUAUGUGCUGGCAGAGGGUGCGUCUGCGAAGACUUUGAACCCACCCUACACCACCCCUUCGUUUGCUAGCGGGUCGCAUGGAAUUAAUAUUCUGCCGGACACAUUCUUCUCUCCCCAGGCAGCUACGCCUGACAAGUAUGACCUUCUCAUAAUUCCUGGCGGGGCGAGGGGUGCGAAGACUCUAUCGGAGAGCUCACCCGUGCAGCAUCUCGUCCGGGAGUACCUUGAAAGGGGCAAGUUUGUCGGCAUGAUAUGUGCAGGUAGCCUGACCGCUCUCACUGCUGGGCUGCCGAAGCAACCUCUGACUUCGCACCCCAGCGUGAAGAAGCAAUUGGAGAAGGACUUUGAGUAUUCGGAGGAGCCAGUAGUAGUUUCGGGCAAUCUUGUCACAAGUCGUGGUCCAGGUACUGCCUUCCCCUUCGCGCUCACGCUCGUGGAGCUUCUUUGCGGUAAGGAGAAACGCGAACACGUUGCCGCUCCGAUGAUGUUCCCGCGUGGCACGUUCGCUUAG